UUUAUUUAUUUAUUUAUUUUACGGAAUGAUCUCGUAAUACAACCAUUUGCGAGUGUCAACGUCAUCGUAUGCUCCUUUGAUUUCGUCAUCCGUUCAGCUGAGCAAACCAAGACGAGCCAAUGUAACGUAAUCCAACCGCUGCUCUUCAUUGCUACGAAAUCCAAUGAAGUAAAAUUUGUGCGCUGCUGCUGAUGGGCGGCGGCCUAAGGUAUUAUUGUGUAACCGCGUGGCAGUGGCUCAUUCGCGUUCCCAACAAAGUCGAUAAAAAAAAUGAGAAAAAAAAAUAUGCCGUAUUGAAUAUUCAUUGUGCGGCAAGUCACAGAGAUAAGCCGAGAGGUUCUGCUCCCACGUAUAUAGUUCCGUUGCUCCUCGUUCCGUUGGACAGAAUCCAAAAAUCCAAACCACCCAAUCGUGGCCGACAUGCUACUGGCAUGUUCUCUCCCCGCUUCUUUUUUCCGCAGUUUCCACGUGCUCUUUUCUGGAUCGUCCCCGCACACCUGCACAUGCUCUGCAACUUCGUCAGAAUGCGAAAAAAAAAAGCGAGGGAGACGAUCACAGACAUACACAAACACGCGCGCACGCGCACACAAGGAAAGCAAGCAAGAACAGGAAGACACAAUGCAUCGAAAAGAAAUUAGCCCACUGACACAGUGGCUUGGCAACCGCGUACACUAAAACCGAAAAAAAAAGGGGGGAAGGGGGAAGAACCCUCUUCUAGCAUAUUUUAACGCUUGGGGAUUUCUUUCAGUGCCGGCCGAGCAGCGUGUACAAAAAGAAAUGCCGGUCACGAUUUUCAAAGCGCGCGGCGCGAAACGACCGAAAACAUCGCAGCCUUUGAACAAUAUAAGAACGCGUCUCUAGCCAGAGCGCGCGGAAUGAAAAGAACAGAAAUACGGUCGGUAAGUGCAGUUUUGCUUCGCGACGGAGACCUUUAGCGCGAUAAAGCGAGCCUACGGGGAAAUAAAAUAAAAAGGUAAGCCGGCCGUUCAGGUUCACUUGCCCUGACACAAAAGAACAUCAAAAAAAAAAAAAGCAAAUCGCUUCCGACUUAUUCGACCCUAUCGUGGAACACAAAAGACGAUGCACAAGCUGGCAAAUUCCGAAGCACGCAGAUGAAUAAGCAAAGUAAAGCGUCUAACGGUGCUGAUCCCCGUUGUGCGUCCGAUAUCCUCAGGAUCCAGGAAGCACUUCGUAGCCCCGGUGGGACCCUUCCGUUCUUUCUGGCGAGGCAAUUUACCUGGUCAAACGGUAAGGAAAGAAAAUAAUAAUAACAAAAAAGUUGUAUGCGCAGAAGGCAGCAGCAGCGGCGGCGCUACAGAUCGCUUCGCGCUCUGUUGCUUUCCUCUGCCCGGCGCACACCGUUAGUUCGCGAGCGCAGCUCACCGGGGCGCUAGCGUUGGGUGCGCGGGAACCUGUCCCGGAGGUCUGCAGUCGAGGGUGCGCGGAGAGUACGCUCUCGUCGUCUGCUGCUCCGGGUGUCGCCUGCAGAAGCGACGAGGCGCGUGCUCCGGUUGUGUUUUGUGCGCCGCCGGUCUCACCUUACGAGCCAUUGUUCGCGCUGUCGUGCUACACGUCGCGCCGUCGGAUGUCGAUUAAUCCAGCCCUCAAGAAAUUCCGAAUAUGGGUUGUGGACAUGGGAAAGCCAUCCGAAGAGGACGGCGCAACAAAAAUUCAAGCUAACGUCGGCUACGUGAAGUCCAGAAAUGGCGUCUUCCAGGUCAUCGAAAUGGUGGUGGGCCUGGUGGCCUUCAUCUGCGUCGAGUCCGUGGCCGAGUGCCGAGGCGCGUUCAACUGUGCGCCGCCUGGCUGCGUGCACUCGUACCGCUUCUUCGCCUUCGUCAGCUUCACCAGCGUGCUCGUAACGGCCGCCAUCUUCUCGGCACGCAUGCUGGGCGUGGCGCACCGUGUGCCAGUGCCAGUAAAAUAUCGGCCGUUCGCGGAAUGCCUGUACCUGAUUGUAACAAUAGCUUUGUACUUCUUUGCGGAUGCCUUCAUGAUUGCUUACCAUGGGAACCGUCUCGGAUACCAGUGUGCUGCUGUGCUGGGCGUAGCCACGCUGGCCGCCUACUGCGUCCAGCUGGCGCUCUUGAUGGCCGAGGCGCCGCUCGGCCGGCUCCUUCCCAAGCUGAGCGCGAAGACCAAGGCGGGCAGCGGGGCCAAGGAGGACGACGGGUCGCGGCUCUCGUGGGAGCCGCCCGCCGGAGUGGACGAAGCCGACGGCACGGCGCCUCAGCUGGGGCCCGUGGUGCUGCGACCGCGCCGCUCGUCCGUCGACUCCGGAGGAGGAGGAGGCGCCCGCCGGCCGGAACCGCCAGACUCCAAGUCGUCGUCCCCCUCGUCGUUCGCUUCAUCCCGCAGCUCUUCGGACUGCGCCGAGACGGCUAGCGUGCACAGCGCAAACUUCGUCACCGUCAACCUGGACGAUGUGACACAGCCGCCCGGCAGCAGCGAAGUGCCGUCGUGAAUGCCAUGUAGAUACGGGCCACGUACGCUUCGGCCGCCUUCGACAGGGUGUCCCGUAUUGGAAAAUAAGCUGUGAUACACCUUGCCCGAGCCGCAGGGACGGCGCGCCCGCUAUAUCCUCACUGUGUGCAAUCCAUUCCGCGUGCGUUUCAUUUCAAAAUGCUGGCCCGCGCAGCAACUUGUAAGUGGUCAGAGGUUUCACAAGAUGUCCAGCUGAGCGACUCGAGGUGAGCGGGAACACACAGUGGAUGCAGAAACGCGGGCUGCGCCAACCAUGUUAUGGUGUGUACGCUUUUAACAUUAUUGCAGAUGGUGCGACUCCUCCCAGUACUCGUGAGUGCCUCGUAUACAUGCACAUCGUACAAGAACAGCUUUUCUUUUUUUUAUGGGGUCCAUUCACGUGCACGUACAUGCGUAGAACGAACUGGACGAUAUACAUUCCAAAGUGCCGCUGUAUACUCGGCGCAUCUUGACCAGCGGUGAUGAUGUGCAGUGAUGAUGGUCACAGUAACAAACCAUCGAAACAAUAUAUACACUAUAUAGCGCGCAACCCUGCAUGCUUCAGUUAUUGACGAUGAUAUUUUUAUAAUAGGCUGAAUGUACUUGAUUUUAGUCUCUGUACAAAACGGAGAUGCAGCGAACUUGAAGCCAUGAAAUAAAAAAAAAAAUGUUUGCAGCA